CAAAUUUUUUUAACGACAAUGUUAACUAACACUGCGUUAAGAGUCGUUAAAUUUUUUGUCGUUAAAAUGUUACCCAUAAUGCACAGAAAAUCUUCACUUCCUGUUACCAAGAUGGCUGAAUUGUCUGCAAAAAAAUUGCCUAGGGACAGAAAAGCUAAUUUCACAUCAAUUGAAGCCAACCUUAUAAGUUCCAGAGUUACUCAUGAGUUGGAGUUAUUGAAAGGGGGAUUUUCUCCAGAAGUUACCAACCAGAAGAAGAAUGAUUUAUGGAAACUCAUUACAGAGGAAGUCAAUGCGUUGGGAGUUUGUAUGAGGAGUGAGACAGAAGUCAGGAACAAAUACCGCAAUAUGUGUCGGGGUGCAAAAGAAAAGUUCACCAACAAUAGAAAAGAAAUGGGCAAAACUGGAGGUGGACCACCACCCACACAGCUGACUGUUGCGGAGGAAAAUAUAGUGAAUGCUAUGAGGGAUAGUGCCUCAUUCAUUGGAGUUGGUGGCUUGGAGACAGAAAUAACUUGCAAUGCCGAUGAUGCUGAAGGGACUGAUGGAAAUGCCACAUCUCCAGGACCAAGUAUUUCAGCAUCUUCCCAGUCAAAAAGAUCUUCAAAAUCAUGCAGCAUACAGCAGACACCCAGCAAGAAGAAAAAGACAGCUGAAGAUGUGUAUACAUUACAAUGUGCAGUUCUUGAAAAGGAACUAGAGAAGAAUACACUACAAGUAGAUCUGUUGAGGAAAUUGCUUAGCAAAUAUGACAGUUUAGAUUCUGAUGCCUUGGAACUAUUGUCAGUUUUAGGGCAGUGA